ACCCAAUGUCUAUACAUGCCAGCUAGAUAUGCAUGACUCGUACAUUUUGUUUCAGCUUAUAACUAAACAUUUUCUUCUUCCUUACAUACAUUUUAUCUCUGCAUGCAAAAUAAAACCAACUUCAGUAAGUUGUAAGAUUCUCAAGGCUGCAGCUAGCUAGAGAUGAUGGAUACAGGAAACGGACAACUCUCAGUUCCUCCAGGGUUUCGAUUCCACCCAACAGAUGAAGAAUUGCUCUACUAUUAUCUUAGGAAGAAGGUUUCUUAUGAGGCCAUUGAUCUUGAUGUUAUUAGAGAAGUGGAUCUCAACAAACUAGAGCCAUGGGAUCUAAAAGAUAAGUGUAGAAUUGGAUCGGGUCCCCAGAACGAGUGGUAUUUCUUUAGCCACAAGGAUAAAAAGUAUCCAACUGGAACGCGAACAAACCGGGCUACAACUGCUGGAUUUUGGAAAGCAACUGGGAGGGACAAAGCCAUUCAUCUCCUUAGUAAUUCCAAAAGAAUUGGCAUGCGAAAGACCCUGGUAUUUUACACCGGAAGAGCCCCUCAUGGCCAGAAGACCGAUUGGAUCAUGCAUGAGUAUCGCCUAGAUGAUCAAUACUCCAAUGGUGCCACACCAUCAGAAGUCCAGGAAGAUGGUUGGGUUGUGUGUCGAGUAUUCAAGAAAAAGAAUCAUAACAUGAGAAGCCCAUUUCAAGCCGACGAUCUUCAACCGGAGGAUGACCAUCAACAGUUAAUUGAUCAAGACACGAAUAAGAAUGGCAGCGGUGGUGGCCAUUCUCUACAUCUUCAAGCUCUACAUGGCUACGAGUGCAACAUGACUAGUAAUACAACAUUAUUUGAGGGUUCCAUGCAUCUUCCUCCAUUGUUGACUUCACCUCCCGACCACACCCCGUAUUUUCUAACGCCACGCCAAAGUGGCCAUGGCCACUUGAUUAACAACAACAACAACAAUAGUAAUGAAGCCAGUACGAUGAUGAUUAAUGACAUGGAUUGUUCGAGGAACUUGUUGAGCUUAAUGUCGGCCAGUCGAGCUGGUUGUGGGACUUGUAGUAGCGGACAUCAGCGAACACAAGACAAACCACUAUUAGCUACUAGCAACCUGACUGCGGAUUGGUCGUUUCUUGACAAGCUUCUAGCUUCAAACCCACAUCAUCAUUCGGGCAUUACCUUUGAUAAUCACCAUCAUCAAGGUACAUGUAACGAUCCUUCAUCUUCCCAACCCUUUCAUCAUCCUGAUGUGAGUCCCUCAUCUCAUAUUUUUCCUUUCCAUUACCAUGGUUAUGAAACGGAGGUUUUAAAGUUCUCAAAGUAGAGGAGGCUGCUACUUCCUUAUAAUUAAAGGGAU